AUGGCUUACGCUUCUCAGAAUGUAAUGCCUUUUGUAAGUGAACUUAGAGCGACGGGACAUGGAGAAGUUUGGGAUCACACAGAUGAAAAAAAGUUACAACAGUUUGGUUGGAGAUGCACAAACACAGAGAGUUCGUAUAACACAAGCACUCUAAUAGGAAACUGGAAUGAACAACGAUUUGAUAUAAACAGGAUUUCAAAACCAAAACCUAUUCCUUCACAGGUAAGAUACUUGUUAUAGAUGUACACACGUUAACACAUUUGUAUGAACCAUAAAAUAAUGGACAGAUCAGCUUAAUUUAUUCUGGCGGCCGUACGAUGAAAAGACCUCUUACAAGAUUUUUUUGAUUUAAUUUUCCAGUAUAAUCAUUACUUUGAGACAACUUACGGUUCUGGAUACAAUACAGUCGAUACCAAUAAAGUACCAGAAUCCUUGAAGCAUCUUGAAGGUAAGUAAAAGUUUUUUUUUGUUAUGCCUCAGUACAAGUCUAUUGCGUGACAAAGUAAUAGUGGAUUGUGUUACAAAUACCACGACUCGCGCUUCGUCCUUUUGUUGUCUAGUAGGCUGAUGAUGGCUUUAAAUCAAACCGAAAUACUUUCACUUACCCGCCAACCUUUACCUACCAUUUGGGAUUUUUUUUUUCAAAUGACAUAAAAAUAAAACAUGCAAAGCCUUCUUAUCUUUGCUCUGAGGUAACCAACCAGUGUAUUUGAAUCCGCAACAACAUAAGCAUAGGGAAAUGACAGUAUGUGCUGCUGGAUCAAGUAUCACUUGAUUAACAAACCUGAGGCUGGCUAUGCGCUCAUUUUAACCCCCUUUCUCUGUUAGCGCUUCCUUUUACUGGUAUUUAAAUCUACUAGAAGCUCCAUGGAAAGGAAAGAAGUUGUAAUAAGGAUUUUUGGUUACACCUGAGGAUGGAACUUGGGGCCUCCCACAUGGAAGGCUAUGCACAUACCAACUGUGCUUAUCCUUCCUUAUCAUGUGUUGCACUUAUUUCAUUGUCACACUCAAAACAAAUUCUUGAUCAACUGGUUCAAAUUUAAUUCUCAAACUCAUUAAUAAUUCAUAAAGAAAAUACAAAGAAAAUUAAUGUUUAAUGAGUGUUUGGAAAUCGGAUGAAAAACUGCUCAGUAUUUGCAUCCUUAAUUUCUCCUUCAAAAAUGAUUUUGUUUGAGAAGAAAUAUCAAACAUUCGACACCGUGUUUCAUCACCAGAUGAAACACCUCGAAGUUUGUCAAAAAUACUCCGCUGCGCGUCGUAUUUUCAACUCUCUUCUCGGUGUUUCAUCUGGUGAUGAAACACUGCGUCUCAUGUUUGAUAUAUUACUUCAAAUUCAUGAUCAAAUGAAUAUUUUAAAAAAAUUAUUUUGUUUUUUCAUUUUAGCAAGGGAGCCAACUGCAUUUCCAGGCCAUCAACCUGAGCUUGACCCUCCACAGCUCAAGAAACAAUAUAAUUCAUUGUUAACUACAUCCAGAGCUGCCUUUGGUGAUCCUAAACCGACACAAAAAUAA